CGCGCUUUCAGGUGUUUUUUAGCCAUUGAUUGAUUCGAUUGUCUUAGCAGAGACCCGCUAUUGCCGAGUUAGGGCAUUUGAGUGGACUCGGUCAAUUCUCUAAGCAGAAGAUGUCUUAUUCAAGGGAAACAAGGUCAGUUUCACCGGCAAGAGGACGCCGAUCAAGGUCAUUGUCAAGGUCCCGAAGGAGUCGCUCCAGGUCUAGGAGCAAAUCUCAGGAUGCGUCCAAUCCAGGGAAUAACUUGUAUGUGACUGGCUUAUCCACUAGGGUUACUACUGCCGAUCUUGAGAAGUAUUUUGGCGGUGAAGGAAAGGUUGUGGAGUGCCAUCUGGUUACAGAUCCUCGCACCAGAGAAUCUCGUGGAUUUGCCUUUGUGACCAUGGAAACUGUUGAGGGUGCAGACCGCUGCAUCAAGUAUUUGAAUCGAUCCGUGCUUGAAGGUCGAUUGAUCACUGUGGAAAAGGCAAAAAGGUCCCGAGGAAGAACACCAACUCCUGGGAGGUAUCAUGGUUUGAGAGACAGAAGAGGACAAGGUCGCAGACGGUCUCGUAGCUACUCACCUCGACGAUAUGAUAGAGAUUAUCAUUCAAGGGGCAGGCAAGGGAGAUCACGCUCUCGUUCUCCCCAUGGUAGGAAAAGAGAUGAUUAUGACUCAUACAGGAGGCGCAGAGAGCGCUCCUUGUCCGGUGAUGGCAGUGGUUAUCGUAGAUGAGAGAAAAUCAUUCUCAUCACAAGUGUGAUCUCUUUCAUCUUGCCUCCUCAUUUAGUUAGUGGUUCACUGGAUGAAUUAAUAUGGGUUUCUUGAUCAAUGUGGGAUCAUUAUCAUUAUAAUUACCUCUUCUCGCUUGACUGUUUGUAUUGUUAUGUACGCUAAACAUUGUAUGAUCUGAACUUGCCUUGCUUCUGCAAUUAGCUAUGAUGAAUUUGGUGAA